AUGGAGGCACGACCAACUCGUAAACGGGCCGCAGGCUCGACGGACGACGUUCCGCCUCGUGCUUCCACUAAAAAGACGCGAUUUGUAGAGCCUGCCAACGACCCCGUCAACUUCGCGGAGGAAGUAGAUGCACAACUCGAGACGCGCAAUCAUCGAGGUCGCGUCAAGACUGAGGGCUACGAUUCGGACUCGAGCGACGAUGGAGAAAGCGUUGUGAAAAGCCGAAAACCAGGUGUAGAUGGUGCUGUUGAGGAUGAAGAUGACGACAUGUUCGCCAUGGGGGAGAAGGAGGCAGUCAAGGCAGAGGAGAGUGGGAAGAAGAAAGAGGAGUUCUUGCGGCUGGGUGAUAUCGAGGGGCAAGAAUUCGAGGACCAAUCAGGCUCGGAGAAGUCGGAGAGUGAAGGGGAGGCGGAGGACGAGGACGAUGCGGAGCGGCGGAAGAAGGCGGGCAUGGGGUACGAGCUCUCAUCAUUCAACAUGCGGGAGGAGAUGGAAGAGGGCAAGUUCGCCGCAGACGGGACAUAUAUACGGACAUUCGACCCUCAUGCGGCGCACGAUAAGUGGAUGGAGGGUCUUGAUGAGAAGGAGAUCAAGAAAGCGAGACGGAGCCAUCGGCAGAGGGAGAAGGAGCAGAAGGCGAAGCAGAAGGCUGAGGAGCAAGAGAUGAAGAGGCUAGGCGGAAAAGAUGAGGUUGAGAGGGAGCUCGUAGGAAUGCUGAAGAAAGGCGAAACUGUCCUGGAAGCUCUCCAGCGGCUGGGAGCCCAGUCGAAGAAGGCGGGAGGGGCUAAGAAGUGUCCGAACAAUCGCCGCAAGGGCGAUCUGAACGGGAAUGCAAUGCAGGUAGAUGACGCAUCAAGAGACGUCGCUGCCACAAAAACUCCUUCAGAAAUCGACCACAUCACUCAUCUCGCGUCGACCCUGAUGUCGUUGGGUGACACUGACAUCUAUUCGCGCACCUACGAGGAACUUGUACGUUCUAUUAGGUCCGCAGGAAAAGUCGACCAGUCAUGGGUACCACCAUCUGCGGACGUCAAGUACGAAUACAAGUGGGCGGUACCCGACGCCUCCGCUCAAGAGGGACAAAUAUUUGGGCCGUACAGCGAGGACGAGAUACAAGCUUGGUAUAAAGCAGGAUAUUUCGGUCCAUCAGGAGAAAAGGUCGUAGUACGAAAGAUGGGAAGGGAUUGGGGUGGCUGGAGCGACGUCGUGACAUGA